GCAGAAUCCAGAGACCACAUUUGAAGUAUAUGUUGAAGUUGCCUAUCCCAGGACAGGUGGCACUCUUUCAGAUCCUGAGGUGCAGAGGCAAUUCCCGGAGGACUACAGUGACCAGGAAGUUCUACAGACUUUGACCAAGUUUUGUUUCCCCUUCUAUAUGGACAGCCUCACAGUUAGUCAAGUUGGCCAGAACUUCACGUUCGUGCUCACUGACAUUGACAGCAAACAGAGAUUCGGGUUCUGCCGCUUAUCUUCAGGAGCGAAGAGCUGCUUCUGUAUCUUAAGCUAUCUCCCCUGGUUCGAGGUAUUUUAUAAGCUGCUUAACAUCCUGGCAGAUUAUACGACAAAAAGACAGGAAAAUCAGUGGAAUGAGCUUCUUGAAACUCUGCACAAACUUCCCAUCCCUGACCCAGGAGUGUCUGUUCAUCUCAGCGUGCAUUCUUAUUUUACUGUGCCUGAUACCAGAGAACUUCCCAGCAUCCCUGAGAAUAGAAAUCUGACAGAAUAUUUUGUGGCUGUGGAUGUCAACAACAUGUUGCAUCUGUACGCCAGUAUGCUGUACGAACGCCGGAUACUCAUCAUUUGCAGCAAACUCAGCACUCUGACUGCCUGCAUCCACGGGUCUGCGGCGAUGCUCUACCCCAUGUACUGGCAGCACGUGUACAUCCCCGUGCUGCCGCCACAUCUGCUGGACUACUGCUGUGCUCCCAUGCCCUACCUCAUAGGAAUCCAUUUAAGUUUAAUGGAGAAAGUCAGAAACAUGGCCCUGGAUGAUGUCGUGAUCCUGAAUGUGGACACCAACACCCUGGAAACCCCCUUCGAUGACCUCCAGAGCCUCCCAAACGAUGUGAUCUCUUCCCUGAAGAACAGGCUGAAAAAGGUCUCCACAACCACUGGGGAUGGUGUGGCCAGAGCGUUCCUCAAGGCCCAGGCCGCUUUCUUCGGUAGCUACCGAAACGCUCUGAAAAUCGAGCCGGAGGAGCCGAUCACUUUCUGUGAGGAAGCCUUCGUGUCCCACUACCGCUCCGGAGCCAUGAGGCAGUUCCUGCAGAACGCCACGCAGCUACAGCUCUUCAAGCAGUUUAUUGAUGGUCGAUUAGAUCUUCUCAAUUCCGGCGAAGGUUUCAGUGAUGUUUUUGAAGAGGAAAUCAACAUGGGCGAGUAUGCUGGCAGUGACAAACUGUACCAUCAGUGGCUCUCCACCGUCCGGAAAGGAAGUGGAGCAAUUCUGAAUACUGUAAAGACUAAAGCAAACCCGGCCAUGAAGACUGUCUACAAGUUCGCAAAAGAUCAUGCAAAAAUGGGAAUAAAAGAGGUGAAAAACCGCUUGAAGCAAAAGGACAUUGCUGAGAACGGCUGCGCCCCCACCCCGGAAGAGCAGCUGCCAAAGACUGCACCGUCCCCCCUGGUGGAAGCCAAGGACCCCAAGCUCCGAGAAGACCGGCGGCCAAUCACAGUCCACUUCGGACAGGUGCGCCCACCUCGUCCUCAUGUUGUUAAGAGACCAAAGAGCAACAUCACAGUGGAAGGCCGGAGGACGUCUGUGCCGAGCCCUGAGCACCUGGUAAAGCCCUUACGACACUACGCGGUCUUCCUCUCCGAAGACUCUUCUGACGAUGAAUGCCAGCGGGAAGAGGGCCCGAGCUCUGGCUUCACCGAGAGCUUUUUCUUCUCUGCUCCCUUUGAAUGGCCACAGCCGUAUCGGACACUCAAGGAGUCAGACAGUGCGGAAGGCGACGAGGCAGAGAGUCCAGAGCAGCAAGUGCGGAAACCCGCAGGCCCCGUCCCAGCUCCCACUGACCGGGCUGCCAGCAUCGACCUUCUGGAAGACGUCUUCAACAACCUGGACAUGGAGGCCGCAUUGCAGCCCCUGGGCCAGGCCAAGAGCUUGGAGGACCUUCGUGCCCCCAAAGACCUGAGGGAGCAGCCAGGGACCUUUGACUAUCAGAGGCUGGACCUGGGCGGGAGUGAGAGGAGCCGCGGGGUGACAGUGGCCUUGAAGCUUACCCACCCAUACAACAAGCUCUGGAGCCUGGGCCAGGACGACAUGGCCAUCCCCAGCAAGCCCCCAGCUGCCUCCCCUGAGAAGCCCUCGGCCCUGCUCGGGAACUCCCUGGCCCUGCCUCGAAGGCCCCAGAACCGGGACAGCAUCCUGAACCCCAGUGACAAGGAGGAGGUGCCCACCCCUACUCUGGGCAGCAUCACCAUCCCCCGGCCCCAAGGCAGGAAGACCCCAGAGCUGGGCAUCGUGCCUCCACCACCCAUUCCCCGCCCAGCCAAGCUCCAGGCUGCCGGCGCCGCACUUGGUGACGUCUCAGAGCGGCUGCAGGUGGAUCGGGACAGGCGAGCUGCCCUGAGUCCAGGGCUCCUCCCUGGUGGUGUCCCCCAAGGCCCCACUGAACUGCUUCAGCCACUCAGCCCCAGCCCCGGGGCUGCAGGCACGAGCAGUGAUGCCCUGCUCGCACUCCUGGACCCGCUCAGCACAGCCUGGUCAGGCAGCACCCUCCCGCCACGCCAUGCCACCCCGAAUGUAGCCACCCCAUUCACCCCCCAAUUCAGCUUCCCCCCUGCGGGGACACCUGCCCCAUUCCCACAGCCACCACUCAACCCCUUUGUCCCAUCCAUGCCAGCAGCCCCACCAACCCUGUCCCUGGUCUCCACACCAGCGGGGCCUUUUGGGGUCCCUCCAGCUUCCCUGGGGCCGGCUUUUGCAUCCGGCCUCCUGCUGUCCAGCGCUGGCUUCUGUGCCCCUCACAGGUCUCAGCCCAACCUCUCUGCCCUCUCCAUGCCCAACCUCUUUGGCCAGAUGCCCAUGGGCACCCACACGAGCCCCCUACAGCCGCUGGGUCCCCCAGCAGUUGCCCCAUCCAGGAUCCGAACGUUGCCCCUGGCCCGCUCAAGUGCCAGGGCUGCUGAGGCCAAGCAGGGGCUGGCCCUGAGGCCUGCAGACCCCCCACUUCUGCCUCCCAGGCCCCCGCAAGGCCUGGAGCCAACACUGCGGCCCUCUGCUCCUCAACAGACCAGAGACCCCUUUGAGGAUUUGUUACAGAAAACCAAGCAAGACGUGAGCCCAAGUCCGGUCCUGGCCCCGGCCCCGGCCCCGGCCCCAGACUCGGUGGAGCAGCUCAGGAAGCAGUGGGAGACCUUCGAGUGAGCCAGGCCCUGAGGGCAGGGGAUGCACCGAGGUCCGAGGGUCCGUCCACUGCUGCGGUUCCGAGGGUCCCCUGCCACGCUCUCUGCCCAGGUUCUGCUGGUGGGAAGGGAUGGGACCCCUCUCUGCUGCCCCCUCCUCCCCUCCACACUGCCCAUCUCUGAGGUCUGGCCCUGCGGAAUGGCACCAGUUCCAGUCUGGGAAUCAACCCAGUUCCUGAGUGCCCGUCCCACCCCGCGGUUGCCCGUCCUCGGCACCCUUGAUUGGGUUUUGCACUAAAGAGGUCAGCUGGGCCAAUGAUUGAUUGCCCCAGACCAAGUCCUACCCACCUUCCCCCUGGAAGUGUCCCGAGAGGCUCCGAAGGCCUAUCCUCUGAGCCCAGCUCUCCUGUUCCACCACAGCCAGGCCCUGCACGCCCACCUCCUCGGACACAAGUGGCAGGGUUACCCUCCAGUGUGAGCUCCUCUGCCCGAGACACAGGCGGCUUGGGGCUGAAGUUAGGACUCCUCCUGGGCUGGAGGAUCUACCUGGUGGGGCACUUCCAGACUGUUUCUAGCAAUAUACACACACGUUCUUUCCUGUGUCUUCACCCCAAAACUUCAGUUGAUUCUGACCUGGGAGGGUCUGGGGACCAGGGGGUCUGGACUGCCUUGUGAUGCCCAGCCCCAGCCACCCUGCACGGGGACUGCGAGCACCAGCAACAUUGAUUUCUAGAAGGAAAAUAGAAACCCCAUCCGAGUGUUUUGGGGGGAGCCCCCACCCCCUCAUUCCAGCUCUCUGGCACUCUGAUACCUCCAGGUUCUCUUCUCACUGUCAAAGCUGGGUCUCAGCCUCUUGGCAUCUGGAGCUUUGUGGGCAAGCUGCGACCCAGAUUUCAACUCGAAGGUCGAGCGGAAUGCCUCAGACUGAUGCAGAGGCAGCUGGCCUUCCUGGGUUGGAACGAGGCAGUGGCCCUGAGCCCCUGCUCCAGAGCCGGGUAGAAAGGACAAACUUGGUCUCUGCCUCAGAGAAGCAGGAGAAGGGCUAGAAGCCAGUCCCUCCCCACCUGCCCAGAGCACCAGGCCAGCACAGAAAUUCCUGAGGCCACCGUCACCAAAGUUAGAGUGAAUGUUUUAUUGUUUAUCUUUUUCCUUUUUACCUUAUUGAUUUGAUGAGUCUUGAAAUUGAUUCAUUUCCAUAAACCAAGUUAAAAAGUAUGCCCCGACCAUUUAAGAAAACAGCCAUCUGAGACACGCAGGAAAUUGUGAGCAUUUCGACCCGAGCUCUCAUUUCCUAUUCGGGAUGGGUCAGACACACAGUCUAUCCAGGGGUGUCUGAGGGGGACAAGGGGGGGGGUCUCUGGAGAUCUGUCACCCAGGGAGCCCCCUCUGUGUCUAAGAGGCCACCACUGCUGCACAUGGUCAGGGAGGCUUGGUGGCCGUCCUGGCACAUGGCUUUUCCUGGGCCAACUGUGACCUGUCUGGCUCAGGAAUGGGCUCUGGCUGCUUGGGGAGCCGUGUCACUCCUGGGCCAUGGGGGCACCUCCCGGGCACUUAGGUGUUUCACAGAAAUUCCAGUUUCACUCCCUGGGCAGAUCCCCAGGCCCCAUCCGAGAUAGGGCAGAGGCGGCGCUGGCAUCCCCAGGGAAGGAGGGUGUGUACCCCAAGGCGCCCUGGCUGUGCUGGAGGACUGGGGUGAGCGCUCCAUGUUCACAUGAGCACUGCUGCCUCUUCACUUGUGGGACUGACUUUGCAAACCCAAGGAUGAACUUUGUGUGCAUUCAAUAAAAUCAUCUUGGGGAA